AGGUUGGGGGACCUGCAUGCCGUUGGGGGAAAUGUCAUGAAGAUGGCUAGCAAACGAGCGACAAUGAAUACACCUGCCUCCCUCCUUCCUGCCCUCCUCACUGCCCUGCUCUUUAUCGCCCUCCCAUCUCUCGUUUCUUCAGUCGACAACCCAAUUUGCGUCUCCUACAAGUUCAAGGCAAAAGCAGGAGCAUGUAGCAUCGAAACAACGAUGUCAAGUUGCACAUUCUUGUCAAAGCAGGCCUCAAUGAUGACGAACUUGACUAACAUCGGCAACAAAGUUGCUGCCAUGACAUCAGAUCCCUCGUGCCGUUCUUUCAUCGAUAAGAUAGUCUGCAAGAAGCGCUUCGGCAACGCAAGUCAGGCAAAGCUCGGAAUCACAUGUGCCUCGCUCUGUUCAUACUGGACUUUUAACCAGAUGUUCGACAUGAACAUGCUGUCAGAGCUCGCACCUGGACAAGAGAUCAUACCCUGUAACCAGGAUAGCGACUGCACCUAUACAAACGGCCGUCUUACAUCGAGCUAUGCGGUGCUCCCGAUCUGUUGCAGCUACAUGCGCGUGUCGCUUUCAGACCUAUGCGAAGUGAGCACAACACAGGUCGACAACGUCAUGAACAAUUUGAACACAAACAAGAUUUGCGCUUACAGCUACUGCAUUGCUGAAGGGAACAAUCUCAGAGCAUCAUUUCUCAUGGUCCUCCUCACCCUCAUACCCAUGUUGUACACCGUGAAGUGUAUGUCGCAGUGAGAGUUGUUAAUGAGUGUGAGUUGAAGCAGAGGUUGUAAUCAUCAAUAAAUCCGAUGUCUAUGUGCUA